UAUACAGCCUAUAAAACCACCAUAUAAUAAAACCCUAAUUCUCAGACCCUCUUUCAUUUCCUCUUCCGCCUGCCUCUCUCUUUUGGCUCCGACACUCUCACAGACUCACAGCAAAGAUGCCGUUCAAGAGGUACGUUGAGAUCGGGAGAGUGGCUCUCGUUAACUACGGAAAAGACUAUGGCAAGCUCGUUGUCAUCGUCGACGUGGUUGACCAGAACAGAGCUCUAGUUGAUGCACCAGAUAUGGUUAGGGGCCAAAUGAACUUCAAGAGGCUUACAUUGACUGAUAUCACGAUUGACAUUCCUCGUGUUCCAAAGAAGAAGACAUUGAUUGAAGCAAUGGAGAAAGCCGAUGUUAAGAACAAGUGGGAGAAUAGCUCAUGGGGUAGAAAACUGAUUGUCCAGAAGAGGAGGGCAUCUCUCAAUGACUUUGAUCGGUUCAAGCUUAUGUUGGCUAAGAUCAAGAGGGCUGGAGUCAUCAGGCAAGAGUUUGCUAAGCUGAAAAAGGAGAAUUAAUCUUGAAGUGAUACCGAAUUA